GCCAAUCACUUUUCCUUAUUUAAACGAACAUCAUCAUUUUGUGCUUAAAUAAGAUUGAAAUCCACUCAUUUUCUUAUUAACUCUAUAUUCCACCAUUCAACAACAUUUUUUUUUGUUGCUUGCAUCCACAACUAUCAUAGAACAACAACACACAACACACACCAUGCAGAAUGCAGCUCAAGAAAUUCUAUUAUCAGCUUCCUCCACCACUAACAUCCCUAAAAAACACUCAAAAAAACCCCAUAAGCGAAACAAAUGCGAUGAGCCAAAAAACCGACAGGAAAAAGGACGCGACGAUGGUGUUGGUAGCGGCGAACAUCAUCCAACAUACCGUGGUGUACGAAUGAGGAGUUGGGGAAAAUGGGUGUCUGAAAUUCGCGAACCAAGAAAGAAAUCAAGGAUAUGGCUAGGAACAUUCUCAACCGCGGAGAUGGCAGCUCGAGCUCAUGAUGUGGCUGCAAUAGCAAUAAAAGGUCGUUCCGCUUUCCUCAAUUUCCCGGACAUGGUGCAUCUACUUCCACAGCCAACCUCCACAUCUCGUAAAGACAUUCAAGAAGCCGCGGCUAAGGCUGCAGCCUCAUGUGGCUGUGAUAAAGCCAAACCACCUAGCCAGGACACACUCUCGCACUCGAGUUCUUCAAACCCUAAUUUAUUAUCAUCAGAUAAUACUCAGGAACCAGUGGCAUCACAAUCUAUGGAAGAUGAUGAUGCUUUCUUUCACUUGCCAGAUCUUUGUUUAAUUAACUAUCCUUCAUUAUGGCAGCUAGUUGAAGAAGUUGACAGUGGCUUUUGGCUUGAAGCUGAAGAGCCGUUUCUUUGGUAAAUUUCAUCAAGAUGGUAAAAAUGAAUUGUGUAUUAUUGCCACCAAUUAUUAGAUAUUGGUACAACAUUGAUCAUAUAUCAAUAUAUAUGAGAUGGCCAACCACUAUAAGAAAACUAGUAUGUAUAACUGUAUAAGUGCACUAAAUUUCUUGACAAAUUGCAAUAAUUAUCUUCUAAACUUUUAAAA